AUGAGACAAUUACAUGUUUUGGCUAUUUCUCAUUUUAACGAGAAUCUCAAUCGUGAAGCACGAUCAGCAUUAGAUGGAUCACUAUGCUACUCAGUUGUUUACCCAAAAUUCAAACUUGGGGAAGAAGUUGUCAGAGAAGUUGCCAUACCCCCUACAUACGCAUAUGUGGACAAUAUAAGAAAUGUUUUGUUCAGCACGCCCUUGGAGGAGCUUGGGAGUGUCCUGGACAAGUACACACGGAAAGUGCCAGAGCCUUUAACUGCUCAGUUCCCAAACAGACGUCAAAAGAAUGAUGCCAUCUCUGAAUAUAUUUUAAAGCAGAGCACUACUACACCAAUGUACCCUACAGAAAAUGAACAAGAAUCCUUGCAAUUAAGCCUAAUGAAACCAGCUGUAUUGGCUGAAAGCACAAGAAAAAGGAAGACCAACCGCUGCUGCAAAAAAUGUGGGAAACCAACAAAGGGGCAUAAACGUGGAAAGUGUGACUGAUUUUUGGUGAAACACUCCAGAUCUCUCUCUUCUUUGCAAAAGAAAGUAUUUGCUUUUAUCAAAAGAGCCUUACCCUUUCGGUAUUUGAAGUCCACUUGUGUUCUACCAAAACUUGUAUAAAAAAAGUGGGCCUCAGUAUGGAAAGGGUUAAGUUU